GUCCUAGCAUCUGACAGCGGUUCAUAUGACUGCGGCGAAGCAUGCCAUACUCGCCCAUUAUCAUUUCAACUGGGGAAACUUCAACUUAGUCCUCAGCUUCCGACUGUCUAACCCUUCUCCUUUCUUUCGCUGUCUCUUAGUAUACGGCGUAGACGAAGACGUCAUUGUGCAUCCAGGCCAGAAGCGCCCAUAAAGAUCGCCAUCCUCGUCCACUUCACUGCUUGUUUGCCCCGCCAAGAAUUGAGUCAAUAUAGUCCAGCUGUACUUCUUUGCUGUAAGAACGUCCUGUUUUGCGAAGAAGCUUUAUCAAGCCGUGACGAAUGACAGACUGAUAGCGUCUUUGUGUCUCAAUAGCGUUUAGCACCCGUCCACAGAACCUGGAAGCAUGCCAAAAUGGAGUCCGUUUUCACGAAACAAGAACGCUUCCGACAAAGAAGGGAGACUUCAUGAUUCCGCUUCGACAGAUGAUCCUGAGGGAACCACUAUUCAAAAGCGACCGAAAUGGAGUUUGGGGAUCCUGCAAGACAAAGAAACGGAUGAAGUCCCUGGAUCUGUGUUGCUGCUCUCAAAAUUUUCGAAGCGUAAUGAGCCGCUUGGUCUACAACACGCGCCAGCGCGCACUUCAGCGUCUUCCCUGCCGUCGCCAUAUCCGCCUGGUCUCCGUAGCCGGUCACGCACGCCAACCAGAGACCGGAAGAAGAAGACUGCUAAUGGCGUGAUUCUAGAACCACAACCGGACGACAGCGGCAAUGAUCCCCUCAAUUGGCCCAUCUGGCGUCGGAACGCAGCUCUUCUCUCUCUUGGCUUCUACUGCAUGAUGGGAGGUGGCAUGACUCCAGUGCUUGCGGCCGGAUUCCAACAGGUCGCUACCUCCUACCGUAUCUCAGUUUCACGCGUCAGCUUAAGCACAGGUUUGUACAUGAUGGGGUUGGGAUUAGGUUCCGUUGUGAUGUCGCCCACCGCCAUUCAGUUUGGCAAAAGGCCAGUGUACCUGGCCUCCUGCGUGCUGUUCAUCAUAAGCUCAGUAUGGUGUGCCUUGUCACCAAAUUUUGCUUCCUUGAUUGUGGCUAGGAUAUUUCAAGGUAUCGCAGUCAGCCCGGUCGAGUGUCUGCCAUCAGCGACGAUUGCAGAGAUCUUCUUUCUCCAUGAGCGAGCAUAUCGUCUAGGGAUUUAUACGCUGCUUCUACUAGGAGGCAAGAACUUAAUACCAUUGGUUAGUGCAGCAAUCAUUGAAACACUUGGCUGGCGAUGGGUAUUUUGGAUUGUUGCCAUGAUUCUUGGCUUUGGUGGUGUACUGCUCUUUCUCUUUGUACCUGAAACAUUCUGGGACCGAACACCAAGAGCAAGGCAACAUAAUCGUCAUGGCUCUCUUUCGAAACUGCAUCUGCCACAUUUGUUCCAUCGCACGGCGUCUGGAUUCAGUGCAAGACAUCAGGUCACUGACCCUACCACCGACGACCCCAGCAGCCUAGCAGUGCAAAUGCACCCCCCUCACAGUAAAAGAAAAGGAGAGCAGCAUGUUGCAUUCGAACAAACUUCCACGCAAGUCGAUAAAGAGAAUGUCGCAGAGUCGGAUUCUGUGGCUGCUAUCCCUGAAUGCUCACGCUUGUCUAAGCUGAACUUCUCAGCAUCAACCGUUCCUACACCUCAGCAACAAUCUACGGUUGGUACUCCUCUGUCGUCAUGGCAAUCGCCCGCAGACUGGGAAGUUGUUGAUCAAGCCGGGCCAGCCAUGCAGGCUGCACCCAAUUUACGUAACUUAAAUUCUCCCUGGUAUGAAGAGAAAGCAAAAGAGCACACCGAUUAUUUCACUAUGGCUACUCAAUCCGAUCUUGCGUCACCAGCAGCUGGAGUACAAAACGUGGCACAGACGAAGAUGCAAUCUUCUGUUGUCGACGAAAUGGCCAUAAACCUGAGCCCUGCAAACGUGUUAGCCGACACCGGUGGAAAAGAUAAAGUCGACAAGCAUGUCAGCUUGCCGGCAGCUAAUCCAAAUCACUCCACUGGAAAAACUAGCCGUAGAUCGUCAAUGGUAGAAACGGCUGAGAGGAGCAUGCCAGAAGGUGAAACCGAGUCUGGAGGUCCAAUACAACCAGUGCAGACGCCCAUUCAUUCGAUAUUCGAUGAGAAGUCCGAAAUUGAGUCAGAAGGUCUACCGCUCCCCGCUGGACUUAAGUAUACAGAGCACUACCGAUCUGCACCUUUGAAGACAUAUAAGGAUACUCUGAAGCCAUACCACGGACGACUUAGUCAUGAAAACUGGUUCCGAAUUGCGGUUCGCCCAUUCGUUCUCUUCUUGUACCCUUCAAUACUCUGGUCUGCUAUGGUGUACUCUCUCUCUGUGGGUUGGCUGAUUGUGCUCUCUGAGUCAGUUUCGGUGGUCUACAAAAAUCGUGACAGCUAUAACUUUAACUCCAUCCAGACUGGUCUUGUGUACUUGAGCCCUUUUGUUGGCGGUAUAAUGGGCACGGCUGUUGCUGGUAGAAUAUCCGACAUUAUUGUGAGAUUCAUGGCGAGGCGCAAUGAUGGAGUUUACGAGCCGGAAUUCAGAUUAGUCAUGGCAAUACCCAUUGCCAUCACCUCUACAAUAGGCUUGAUGGGCUUUGGGUGGUCAGCGGCAGAGCGGGACAUGUGGUUCGUGCCCACAUUUUUUUUCGGUGUUAUUAGUUUUGGAUGCUCUCUGGGAAGCACAACUGCCAUCACAUUCGCUGUUGAUUCAUAUCGGCAGUAUGCUGGCGAAGCACUGGUGACACUGAACUUUUCGAAAAACAUCUUUCACGGCCUCGUUUUCUCUCUCUUCUUUACUUCCUGGCUUGAAUCAGACGGUUCGAAGAAAGUGUUCAUUGCCGUUGGUGGCAUCCAACUCGCGUGUCUACUUCUAUCGGUUCCGAUGUACAUAUAUGGCAAACGUGCCAGGAUGUGGACAGUACGGAAAAACAUGCUGGAGAGGUUCUAGAUCGAAAUUUGCGUCGGAAUGGUGGAUUUCGCACAAUGAACGGAGUUUGGAUAUGCCUCAUCACUCAGCAUGAUGAUUACAUUUAGGACGAUAUUUGUGGAUGUGCAUGAUGAUACCAUAGAUAUACGCAUAAUGAUGGCGUAGGAGAAUUAUAAGUAAUUAGAAAAUGCUCAGAGUGUAAUGAAGCUGUGAAUUUGGCCCGAAACACAACUUGCUUCAUCAUUAAGAGCAAAUUUUUCGAAUUGCC